GGGAUUAUUUAGAGUUUAGAGGGAGAUGGGGAGCCAUUUGAGGAUGGAGUUAAUGGUUUUUCUUGUAUUGGUUUUUUGGGGGAUUAGCAGCAUAGCCUAUGGUGCAGUUUCCCACACUACCAUGAGAAAGAUUGAUAGAUUAAAUAAAAAGGGUCCAUAUUUGGGCAUUGUGGUGCCAAAUUUCUUUGAGCUGAACCCUCUUCUUCAAUCCACAAGCUUUGUGGCUGAUCAGAAGCUUCCCUACUUAGAUUUUUCUGGAAGAAGGUUUCGAAUUGGACGGUUGGAAGACGAAAGUGUUAUAAUUGUUAUGACAGGAUUGAGCAUGCUUAAUGCAGGUAUCUCAACUCAAUUACUGCUAAGCCUGUUCAAGGUGAAAGGUGUUGUGCACUAUGGAAUUGCAGGAAAUGCAGAUCCUCAACUCCAAAUUGGAGAUGUGACUAUCCCUCAAUUUUGGGCUCAUACAGGCCUUUGGAAUUGGCAGAGGUUUGGAGAUGGGCCUGGUAAUGAGUUGUCCUUAGAAUCAUUUGGAGAUUACACAAGAAAAGUUGGUCACAUAAAAUUUUCUGAUUUCAACAACGAAACCAGAGAUGGCAAGUCUGUUCCCAAUCUUCUGAACAAUGUAUGGUAUCAACCAGAAGAGGUCUUCCCAGUUCAUGGCACUCCUGAAGUUAGGCAACAUGCCUUCUGGGUUCCAGUCAACCCUAAAUUUUUUUCAGUUGCCAAGGACCUAGAGGAUUUGAAGUUGGGGGGUUGUGUGAAUACAACUUGUCUGCCAAGAGCACCCAUUGUGGUGAGGGUCAAAAGGGGCAUAAGUGCAAGUGUGUUUGUUGACAACAGAGCAUACAGAGAAUUCUUGAACUCCAAAUUCAAUGCCACUUCCAUUGACAUGGAAAGUGCUGCAGUGGCUUUGGUCUGUCACCAACAGAAGAAGCCCUUUAUUGUAAUUAGAGCUCUCUCUGAUUUGGCUGGUGGAGGCUCCUCUCUCUCCAAUGAAGCCAACACCUUUGCAUCUUUGGCUGCUCAAAAUGCAGUUGAUGUUGUGCUUAGAUUCAUUUCCUUGCUGUCUUCAUAGCUACGCACACACACACACACCAUAUAUUUCUAUUGAUUUGUUAAAAUUUGAAUAAUUUAUAUUUAAAUCUGAAUUUUGUUUUGUUU